CCCUCUCUCUUUAGCUCUUUCCCUCCCUCCUGCUCACAAGGAUCUGUCAUCGAGCAUGAGAAGACACAACUGAGUGGACAUUCACAGCGAACCACUGGACACCGGUGACCUGCGGAGGACCACUCUCAAACUGACAUUACUGCACAUUUCUGCACACAUACAGCUCAACUCAGCACCAUGACCAGGAAGGUGUUCACCAACACGAGGGAGCGCUGGCGGCAGCACAACGUCAACACCGCCUUCACGGAGCUCCGCAAGCUCAUCCCCACCCAUCCUCCGGAGAAGAAGCUGAGCAAGAACGAGAUCCUGCGCCUGGCCAUGCGCUACAUCACCUUCCUGGUGCAGCUGCUGGAGAGCCAGACCGGUCAGCCGGCCAGCCACUCCCCCACCGCUCUGCUCACCUUCCUCAGAGGAAGCAUGGAGCAGCUGAACUCCCCUCCUCACCCCUGGGCCAUGACCAGCGACACAGAGGUCCCGUCACCUGACUCCAGCUGCGACAGCUCCGAGGCCUGGUAGAAAACACAAAAAAAGGAACUCUCGAGUGGACCUUCUGACCCUUUACCUGGGGUUUUGACAAACUGCUCUUGUUUUUUCUCAAGACUCUUUUUGUCUCUGCAUUUGUCACCCGUGCGUGUUUCAAUGCAGAAGACCCAAUAUUGUGUGAUAUAUGUGGGCUCCAAACAUGGCUGAAAAUGUUGGUACAGCCUCCACGCUGAUCAGUGUUCAAAUAUGAUUUGCGGGUGAAAAUGAAUUUGUAUUCUGCAUGGAUGUGUAAAAGCCUGGAUGUACAAUAUUCCCUUCAUGUCUUCAUGUUAAUGCCCGCCUGGAACUAAAUUAGUUUUGCAAUGACAGGGUGUUUUGCCGAUGAGGAAAAUGGAGGGGAUUAAGGAAUUUCUCAUUUCAAGCAAUAGAUUCAGCACUUGAAUAGAUAAUGGCUCAGCCAAUUCUCCAGACUGCAAUCGUCUCAAAAUAGCCAAGGGCACUUUUUUUCUCCUUUUUUCUACGACAUGCUGUUUUUUGAAGACUAAAUCUGACCUUUAUUUUUGUUUGUAAAGGUUAUGUGACUUCAGAAGAAUCAGUUAUUUGAAAGACUUUUGCUGUUUCUCACA